AUGAAGUACAAAGUCUACGUCGCUGCUCUUAUCCUGACUGCUAUGCCCCGUGUUAGUGGGCAUCCAAUUCUUGACCAUCGUUCCAAACAGCUGGAUUAUACAUCCAACAUUGAGAAAUCUCAGCAAAGCUCCCGACCACAGGGUGUAAGUCAACUUAUCCCUGAUAAGCAAACAAUCCGGGCCGUCCUCAAUAUCCCAGAAAUUGCUCGACUUCCCAGACAAGUUGGUGGUGCAGGAGGCUCUGCAGGAGGAGGGACUGGAGGAGGAUCCGCUGGGGGUUCUGGGGGAGGGUCCGCUCCUGGAGGGUCUGCUGGUGGAGGUACUGGAGGAGGUGCAGUAGGAGGCGGUGGAGGGGGCACUGGAGGUUCGGCUGGUGGAGGAACUGGAGGAGGAUCUGCAGGAGGUCCAGGAGGAGGUGCAAACUCGGGAGGGUCUGCUGGUGGUGGUACUGGUGGAGGUGCAGUUGGAGGGUCUGGAGGAGGAGGAAACUUUAAGAGAGGUUUCCUUAUUCUUUCUAGACAGGAAUCUCCAGGAGGUGCUGGAGGUUCAGCUGGUGGGGGUACUGGUGGAGGGUCUGUUGGUGGCACAGGCGGAGGAGGUGGAGGAGGAUCUGCUGGCGGUGGCACAGGAGGAGGAUCUGGAGGAGGAUCUGCUGGCGGCACUGGUGGGGGUAAUGGAGGUGGUUCUGCAGGAGGAGGAUCUGGAGGAGGAUCUGCUGGCGGCUCUGGGGGUGGCGAAUGGGGGUGGGCGUCUGUUGGAGGAGGGACAGGAGGCGGUGCUGCUGGGGGUUCUGGAGGUGGUAAUGGGGGCGGGAUCGGUUGGAGGAGGGACAGGAGGUGGUGGUGCUGGGGGCUCUGGCGGAAGUAA